CAGACAGCAAAAUGGCUGAUAAACCUUUCACUCCUGGAGCAAGCUGCUCAACAAAGCAACAAAGUAACAUUAUCUACGAGAAGAGAGGAAUGGCCGUGUGGCCGCACGAAAACAAAUACGAGUAUCAGUUGUUUGCUGUGAGUCCGCAAGGCGUUUUUCUACUCGUCAAAACUCCGGAUCGAGGGCCCGGCUCGAUUUGCGGCCCACUGUUCAACGAACGAGAGAACUGGCGAGAUUUUUUGAGCGCAGACAGUCGGCUGAGACGGCUGAUACUGCAAGUCUGCGGUCGUGAUGUUCGAAGGGAUCUCAUACAAGCCAGAAACGAUUAUGUGCUGGAUGUCGCUCUGAAUAAAUUCCAGACUGAGAAAGAGGAGAGCAAACCAUUUCGAUUUGCUCUUUCAUCUAGUUGUGAAGAAAAUGUCCAGCAAUCUGUUGUGUCUUUUCAGUACGAGAAUAUAUCUGAAGCGUCAGAUUUGUCUUCUAGAGAUAACGAGUCUGGCAUGUCUUCUAAGAAUGAGAAGAAACCCAACGAAUAUGUAUGUUAGGCAUAAUACUUUUAGACAUGUACAUGCACAGUUGUAAUGUAAAUUUAGAAGACUCAAGUCUGGAUAGAUAGCAGCU